AUGUCUUCUCGGCCCGAGGAAGACGCCGAGGAAGGAGGUCUUCCUUGGCCUCGGUCAUCUUCACUCAUUGAAAACGAUGACUCGGUGUCAUCUUCCGUGGCAGCAUUAAAUGUCAAUAACACAUCGGUUCCUCAUUCACGGCUCAGUGUCCCUAUGCCCCCCGAACCCGUUAGACAAUUCUCAUCCUAUAACAUUACAAGAGGCCGUGCUGUCUCGCCCGUCGUCAGCAACUACUUUGGACUGCCAGCUGAGCGUGAAUCAGAAAAAUCUUCAUCUAUCCCCUUCUUUGGAGGUCCAUCUCGUGGCGACAAUGAGGACUAUGGGGCAUUGAAUUUCUUGAGCAAGAAGCUUACAGACCGAUAUGGACUGUUUGGUGGUGAAGCUAAGUCAACUAAAAACGUAUUGGAAGCUGAGACUGAAGAAGAAGACGUUGAGUCUUCUGACUCGGCUGAAUCGGAUGGUUCUCAUGGCACAGAUGACGAAGAGGAAGAGGAAGAUCAAGAUCACAUUCAAAUAUUCGGCCAUCAAUGA